UGCCGGGAAGGUUCACACGCUGCGUCAGAGCGGGCGCCCGGCGACGUCACGUGAUCAGCAUGGCGGUCAAGGUUCAGUCAACAAAAAGGGCAGAUCCUACUGAAUUAAGAGCAAUAUUUGUCAAGUUCAGUAGUGUGACUAAGGAUGGGGAGCAUUACAUGACUCCAACAGAUUUUGUUCAGAAGUAUCUCGGAUUGCAUACGGAGCCAAACUACAAUCCAAAGACUGUUCAGCUUCUGGCUGGAGUUGCUGACCAAACUAAAGAUGGGUUGAUUUCUUUUCAAGAGUUUGUGGCAUUUGAAUCGGUUCUCUGUGCUCCCGAUGCCAUGUUUAUGGUCGCCUUUCAGCUGUUUGACAAAAAUGGCAACGGAGAGGUGACAUUUGAAAACAUCAAAGAGAUCUUCAACCAGACAACUAUUCAUCACCAUAUUCCUUUCAACUGGGACUGCGAAUUUAUUCGACUGCACUUUGGCUUUGACAGAAAGAAGCAUCUCACCUAUUCUGAAUUUACCCAGUUUUUGCAGGAGCUACAACUGGAACAUGCAAGACAAGCAUUUGCUCAAAAAGAUAAAAACAAGAGUGGCACAAUUACAGCACUAGACUUUAAUGAUAUCAUGGUUACCAUUCGCUCACACAUACUUACCCCUUUUGUUGAAGAGAACCUAGUUUCAGCAGCUGGUGGAACCAUCUCCCAUCAGGUCAGCUUCUCCUACUUUAAUGCAUUCAAUUCUUUGCUGAACAAUAUGGAACUUUCUCGGAAGAUAUACAGCACUUUAGCAGGCACAAGGAAAGAUAUACAAGUUACCAAAGAGGAGUUUGCCCAUGCUGCCAAUAAAUUUGGACAAAUUACACCUUUGGAGGUCGAUAUCCUUUUCCAGCUUGUGGGUUUGUACAGCCCAACAGGACGAGUAAGUCUGGCAGAUAUAGAAAGAAUAGCACCACUAGAGGAAGGAGCCCUGCCCUACAACCUGGCUGAAAUCCAGAGACAGCAAUCUUACAGUGAUCACAGAAGACCUAUAUGGCUCCAGGCUGCUGAAUCUGCUUACAGGUUCACUUUGGGCUCAAUUGCUGGAGCGGUGGGAGCGACUGCAGUUUAUCCAAUUGACUUAGUGAAAACACGUAUGCAGAACCAGCGAUCUACGGGAUCCUUUAUUGGAGAGCUGAUGUAUAAAAAUAGCUUUGAUUGUUUCCAGAAGGUUGUACGGUAUGAAGGUGCUUUUGGACUUUAUAGAGGUCUGUUACCACAGUUGAUGGGUGUUGCUCCAGAGAAAGCUAUUAAACUUACUGUAAACGAUUUUGUGAGAGACAAAUUCUACCAAAAGGAUGGCUCAAUUCCGCUCAUGGCAGAAAUCCUUGCUGGUGGUUGUGCUGGUGGAUCCCAAGUAAUCUUUACAAACCCUCUGGAAAUAGUGAAAAUUCGGUUGCAAGUUGCAGGAGAGAUCACCACAGGUCCCAGAGUCAGUGCACUUUCUGUAAUGCGUGAUCUUGGAUUUUUGGGCUUAUACAAGGGUGCAAAAGCUUGUUUUCUCCGUGACAUCCCUUUCUCUGCCAUUUACUUCCCAGUAUAUGCUCAUACAAAGAUUGCCUUUACAGAUGAGCAUGGUAUAUUGAGUCCGUUACAACUUCUUACAGCUGGUGCUAUUGCAGGUGUACCUGCCGCUUCCUUAGUAACUCCUGCAGACGUCAUCAAAACAAGACUUCAAGUAGCAGCUCGUGCUGGUCAGACCACCUAUAGUGGUGUUACUGACUGUUUCAGAAAGAUCCUCAGAGAGGAGGGUUACAGAGCGCUCUGGAAAGGGGCAGGAGCUCGAGUUUGCAGGUCUUCUCCUCAGUUUGGUGUAACUUUGCUGACUUAUGAACUUUUGCAAAGAUGGCUCCAUGUAGAUUUUGGGGGAUCCAAGCCAGUUGGUUCUGAGCCAACCCCCAAAUCUAGGAUCGCUAACCUUCCUCCUGCAAGUCCUGAGCAUAUUGGCGGAUACAAAUUAGCUGCGGCUACUUUUGCCGGCAUUGAAAACAAAUUUGGGCUCUAUCUGCCUAAAUUCAGAUCUUCAGAUGCAGCUUCAAUCCAUCCACAGGUAUCAGCUGGUUCCCCAGCCUCUUAAGGUCUGUUACGAGGUGCUGUCAAUAACACGGAGCAGUGUUGAAACAAGUAAUAGAUGCAUGUAGUGGUGGUCAGUUGAAAUUUGAUUGAAAUCAUGUAUUUCUUUAACUAAAUUUUUGUAAUAAAAAUAUUAAAUGUUUAAAGUGUUUGCAUUGCAGAAAAUUGUCACAGAUCUAUCUUAUUUGUACAAUUUUAGAGAUCAUGUGCAAAAAUAAGAACAUUCUAGUUGAAGCUAGAAAAUGUAUAAUUUAAAAUCAUUGAAAUUGCAGAAGACGGUUCAAAAUAUAUUAAUGGAAGUGCAUCCAAACUAUCAAAUUCUUUAUUGGACUAUUGCUAUAUUUCUGUUGUGCUGCUAUUGUUACCAUUGUUGACCAGAUUUGUUUUAAACAGACAAGUCUUCACUUUGAGAUUGCGUUCCCUGGUCUGUUAGUAUUUGCUGCUUCAGAAAGUGCAAACUAGCAUGGGGCUCAAUAACUUGUAAGUUAUUUUAUUGACAAAAAAAGUCUAAACUUAAAAGCUAACCAUGUGAGUGAGAUACGUUGCUGUUUACUGUUUUAUUACAGAAAUGUGCAAAAAAAAUAGGUCAUUGCAAAUGUAUCUGUCCCCCUGAGUGCUGUAAAAUAGGUUUUACAUGAAUGCAAAAAAUCUAUUUUAAAAUUCUGCAACAAUAAUUUGACAAAUUUCUUUAUGAAAAGAAGAUGGAGAAUUGGAAAGAAACUCCUACUUGAAGGAGUAACGAGCGAUGAGUGAACAAGUUGGUAGGUUUGUGCUAUAUUUAUUUGGAAAGUAGGAUUCAAAUUAGUUUUUGAAGCUCUGCUUAGACUUUUACCAAUUAUAAUUUACCAAUCAUCAAUGAGUGCUAAUUGGCUAUUGCCAUUAAAGCUGCAUUACAGGAGCAUUACCUCCUAUCUAUUGAACGAUUAAAUAAUCGGUCUAUUCAGGUAUAAUGCCAGGAUGGAAGAUUUUUGUGGGUCAUAUCCACUAACUAACUUUAAAGACGAGUUUGGCAUAGUUUGUUUUGUUGAAAGAAAUCCUUACUGAAUUAAAUUCUUAUAAAUCAGUGGUGACCAGCAGAUGCACUCUAUCCCCCCCCCCCCCCCCCCCCAUAUGCUUCAAUUAUAUUUGUAUGCUGUUGAUCUCUUGAGUUUGAGCGAGCAGGAAAAGCCUUUCAAGUAAGAAUUACGCUUCAAUAAGUCAAAGUCUGUUAAAAAGAAAAGGCUCCCAGAUACAAAGGGUAACUCCACUAUACUAUGGUUGAUCUUUAACAGAUUUCUACUAAAUUUAUUAUGUGUAUGAUCUUUAUUUUUUUAUCUGUGGCAACUAUUUUAAUUUGCUUUGCACAGCUUGCACUUAUAUCUGUACAUAUUGUACAUCUCUGUAUAGAAACAUCAUUGAGGACUGAUCAAAUAAAUCAGAUGCUAUGUUGCAAUAUGCUUGGGUUGUAAGGUUGCUGAAGAAUACUGUACAGAUUAAAGGUUUUGUUAAAUCAUGUCAUCCAAAUUAAGUAUUAGAGGAAUUUACUAUUUUAAAGUUAUAAUUUUCAUUGUAUUGAUUUCUUUAUGAAAAUAAACCUCUGAUGUGUUCAUUUUAGUGUC